GCUCAGCAUGUCCACUGUCAAGGAGCAGCUAAUUCAGAACCUAACUCAAGAAGAUAAAACCUCCCGGUCUAAGAUCACCGUGGUUGGAGUUGGGAAUGUAGGCAUGGCGUGUGCUAUUAGUAUCUUACUGAAGGGUCUGGCUGAUGAACUCGCUCUUAUUGAUGCUGAUGCAGACAAACUGAAGGGAGAGACCCUGGAUCUUCUGCACGGCAGCCUUUUCUUCAACACUCCAAAAAUCGUCUCUGGGAAAGAUUACAGUGUCUCUGCCAACUCCAAAUUAGUUAUCAUCACAGCUGGCGCCAGGCAGAAGGUGGGAGAGUCGCGCCUUGACCUGGUCCAGCGCAAUGUUGUUAUCAUGAAAUCCAUCGUUCCCGGCAUAGUCCAAAACAGCCCCGACUGUAAAAUCCUGAUUGUCUCAAACCCAGUGGAUAUUUUGACUUACGUGGUAUGGAAGAUAAGUGGCCUCCCUGCAACUCGCAUAAUUGGGAGUGGCUGUAACCUAGACUCUGCCCGUUUCCGUUACCUGAUUGGAGAGAAGUUGGGUGUCCACCCUGUAAGUUGCCAUGGCUACGUUCUUGGUGAGCACGGCGACUCCAGCGUGCCCUUGUGGAGUGGUGUGAACGUUGCUGGCGUACCUCUGAAGUCACUGAACCCAGCAUUAGGAACUGACUCAGACCAGGAACAGUGGAAAAAGAUCCACAAUCAGGUGGUGGAAAGCGCCUAUGAGGUGAUCAAACUGAAAGGUUAUACGUCCUGGGCCAUUGGCCUCUCUGUGGCCAACUUGGCAGAGAGCAUAAUGAAGAAUCUGAGGCGGGUGCAUCCCAUUUCCACCAUGAUUAAGGGUCUCUAUGGAAUCAAGGAUGAUGUCUUCCUCAGUGUCCCCUGUGUCCUGGGACAAAAUGGAAUCUCAGAUGUUGUGAAGGUGACUCUGACUUCUGAAGAGGAGGCCCGCUUGAAGAAGAGUGCAGACACGCUCUGGGGGAUCCAGAAAGAGCUGCAGUUCUAAAAGUCCCCAGAUGUCCUAGCGCUUCACUGUCCAGGCUGCAGCACACUGUCUCCUCAGCUGAGCUGUGGUUAGGGUGGUUGUGUUCCCACAGCUCUACCCUGAUGCUAAGUGGUACUUGUGUAGUGGUAACCUGGUUGGUGUGACACUGCCAACUGUGUGCAGGCUUCAGUUACCCUGUGAACCUGCUGUGUCUGUGCUGUGCACCCUCACCAGACAUGCCUAGGCCAAUGAUUUCCCAGUUAGUCAUAACCUGGCUCCAGUGUGUAAAUCCAUUAUGCAUAUCUUGUGCAUAACUGUUCCAAAGGAUAUUAUUUUGUGUAUUAUGUAUCUGUGGUGUACAUUGAAAUAUUGUGUAAAGAUCUUCAUAUGGAUGAUGCAACCGACUACCCAAGUGUCAUGCCAACGAAAACACCAAAUAAACCUUGAACAGUGA